CUGCUGGCCCUUUAAGACUCCCGCCGUGGCCAUGGUAACAACCAGGAAGUAACUAACUCGGAGCAGCUUUAGCUUUAUGUCAACAUUUGCGUCUUACAGCGUUUCCCUUCCUUUCUGCUCUUCUUUCUCCUAGUUUACAGCCUGCGGACCCUCUCUGUGGGGAAAAGAGGAUGAGUGGAAGCACCGACGACGUCAAACCCGUGACCUGCACCGUCAAACCUCCGGUCUACCUGCAGAUCGGAGACGUCAGAACAGACUCCCACUCCGGCGUCUGUGUGGUCGACGUCACGCUGCCCUUCGGAAAACCCGUCAAUAUCGAAGAGAUCACCUUUAAGAACUACUACACGGCCUACGUGUCUGUGCGUCUGCUGAGGAGGAGCCCGGGCCAGGAGGCCCCCGCUAAGUGGUGCACCGCCCUCAGAGACCUGCCUCUGAUGGACAACCCCCACACCGAGGGGGGCUCCCAAGACUACUGCUCCAUCCACAGGAUGCAGAUGGCGGUGGAGCCGGAUCACGUGGUUUCGGUCAGACUGAUCCUCAGGCAGCCGUCCUCCGCCUGGCUCAGCUUCAGCCUCCAGGAGAUCAGAGUCUUCCCUCACAUGGAGCCGGACCCAGAGAAGGAGGUUUCUGAUUGGCUGUCUGACCUGACUGUGGUGGACCAGCAUCCUGAUCUGGAGGGCCUCCCAGACCCUCAGACUGUGUCCUCCAGUCUCCAGCAGAUGUGGGCUCUGACUGAGGUGAUGCAGACCAACCAGACCACGGCCUCCAUCGGACGCUUUGACGUGGACGGAUGCUACGACAUCAACCUCCUGUCCCUGACGUGAGGAGGCCGUGAGGAAUUGAUGGUGACUCUAAGAGGAGCAACACAACAUGAACCCGACGAUGGAAACGCGAUAUUUAACCUUCACCACUUUAAUCCUCCUCCUGUGAGGAGCACAACAUCUGAACACUAAUAUCUGUGGACACAUGGGGGCAGCAGUGUCCUGCUGAACAAGAAGAAGGAGAAGAAGAAGAAGUGAAUGAAUGUGUGAUGGUUUCAGGAGGCAUCUCAUCAUAAAUACUGAA